UGCUAAUGUUGGUAACGGAUUGUUUAGGGGCGAUUGUCAACCAUUUAACCCAGUAUUGCUAAAGAAACAUAUUUUAUAAGACCAUGUUGAUUUUAGUUUUAUGAGUAAGUGAUGCGUAUAUUCAAUAUGAAGAAUGGAAGACGACGAUGUUACCAUCAGAGAACAAAAUUUCCACAGUCAAGUUCGGGAAUACAUUAUCUGCUUCCUUCUUUUUGCAGUGCUGUACAUUGUGUCUUACUGCAUCAUCACCCGCUACAAGAGAAAAAGUGAUGACCAGGAAGAUGAAGAUGCCGUAGUCAACAGAAUAUCUCUUUACCUGUGCACCUUCACUCUUGCCAUCUCAGGUGGGGCAGUUCUGCUGCUUCCCUUCUCCAUAAUCAGUAAUGAGAUCCUGCUCUCCCUGCCCAGAAACUACUACAUACAGUGGCUCAAUGGCUCUCUCAUCCAUGGGCUGUGGAACCUGGUGUCGCUGUUCUCCAACCUCUGUCUCUUUGUGCUCAUGCCCUUUGCCUAUUUCUUCCUGGAGUCCGAGGGCUUCGCAGGAUCUAAAAAGGGCAUUAGGUCACGCGUGUUGGAGACGUUUGUGAUGCUGUUCCUCCUUGGCCUGCUCAUCCUGGGAAUUGUGUGGGUGGCCUCUGCCCUCAUCGACAACGAUGCAGCCAGCAUGGAGUCCUUAUACGACCUGUGGGAGUUCUACCUGCCUUACCUGUACUCCUGCAUCUCUCUCAUGGGCGGCCUGCUCCUGCUCAUGUGUACCCCAGUAGGGUUGUCACGCAUGUUCACCGUUAUGGGUCAGCUCCUGGUCAAGCCUACGAUAUUGGAGGAUUUGGAUGAGCAGAUCUACUGUAUAGUCUUGCAAGAGGAGGCCUUGACAAGAAGACUUAACGGCUCGGCCUCCAAUUCCCACGUCCACGGCAGCGUGCAGCACCUGCACAAGGAGCUGGACAGCAUACGGAAUCAGAGGAAUAAGCUGGAGAGACGCAAGAAGGCGUCUGCCUGGGAGAAGAACCUGCUCUACCCCUUUGUCAUGCUGAUCUUGCUGACCGGAACUACCAUCUCCGUUCUGUUGGUGGCUCUGAACAUCCUGUACCUGCUGGUGGAUGAGACUGCACUGCCAAAAGGAUCUACGGACCGUGGGAUUGGUAAUGCCUCCUUGUCUACGUUUGGGGUCGUGCAGGCCGUGGUGGAGAUCAUCUUGAUGUUCUACCUGCUGGUGUCCUCUGUAGUGGGCUUCUACAGCCUCCGCAUCUUCAAGGGCCUCACGCCUUGCAAGGACGACACCACCAUGACCGCGAUCAUUGGUUGCUGUGUGUCCAUCCUGGUCCUGAGCUCUGCGCUCCCGGUGAUGUCCAGAACCCUGGGAAUAACCCGCUUCGACCUGCUGGGCGAUUUCGGGAGAUUCAACUGGCUGGGAAACUUCUACAUCGUCCUGUCCUACAACCUGUUGUUCGCCGUGGUGACGACCCUGUGCCUGGUGCGCAAGUUCACUUCCGCCAUCCGCGAGGAGCUGCUCAAAGCUUUAGGCUUGGAUAAACUCAACCUGUCAUACAGCCCCACUGACCCCGAGUCUGCCAAGCUGUCCACCGCCAACGGCCACCAGAAGACUCUCUAAAGGGGACGGCCAUCACACUGAAACUUAGACACACACACACACACACACACACACACACACAUUCAUUUUACAGACUUAGAGACUUUUGACAUGAAUGCACCCAAACACCUGUUGAAAGUGGAAUGCGACUCCUCCACUGCAGUGAUGGAGAGCACCGGCUGAAAGCACCGGCUGAAACUUAGACACACACACACACACACAUACACACACACACACACACACACACACACAGAGAUGGGCAAAGCGCCGGCCCAGUGUGGCUACACCCGCACCAGCAGGACAAGGAACCCUGGCAAACGAGCCUUAGGUCACCAAGGGAGGAAGAUCCGUACAGGAUAUGGGGGAGAGGGAGAGGGAGAGAGAGAGAGAAGGGGUAACAGACAUUGGUGAGAACUCCGCCCCAGAAGUCUUAUGACAUUCCACUUCUCUCCAUGGAAGAACGGCAGAAGAGGGACUGGAUGAAUGAGUGGAAUCGAGGCGAAGGAAAAGGGAAAAAACCUCUACUCCUCUCUCUCUCUCUCUCUCUCUCUCUCCCCCAUACGUUGAAUCUUCCCCCAUUCUUCUUUUUUAUCCGUGUGUAUGGACUCCACUGUGGUCCUCCUCAUCUCUCCCCUCCUCUGGUGUUGCCGUGGCCACACUCUGUGCUCCGCUCCACUCCUCCUUUUGUGACGUUCUCUGUGAAGACACAUUUACUGGCUAUUCUUCGUGACGGACUCACCGUUUAUUUUUGUUUACUUUUUGUUAUUUUUUUUAUUUAGUUUUUGUAUAUAUGCUAACCGUACCAUCUUUUCUUCUCUCUAUCUAUUCUGUCUUUCCUUCAUUUUUUUCUCCUCUCCCUAUCUCUUUUUGUUUGAAAUCCUGAAGCAUUUUCAGCACUCGCUUUGUGUUGCUGUUGUUUGUUGUGUGCUUUUCUUGCUGUCACUCUUUUGCCCUCUCCUCUAUGCUUUCGCCAGGAUAUUUACAGCCGGUCAGGCACACCACUACAUUUUUUUAGGGUGGGGGGUGGGGUCAUGCAUACGCAUAUGCAUGUGGGACUCCUCAAUAUUCAUAUGCAGAGUUAGGAAAAAUAAAUACUUUUUUGGAGAAGGGUACUUGUUGUUAGAAGCUGUGCGAUCUCUACGGUCUGCAGGCUAAACACACCACACUGAAUUCCCUCAUUUUGACAUUUGGUCAGUGAGCCUAUCGCAGUGUGGUUUGUGACGGCUGUUGCGAUCUCUAGAAGUCUUGUGCGACUACUACACAACCAUUUCAACAUUGUUCUGUGGAGUGGCAAGGAGAUAAUGUAUUUUAUCGUACACUAAGGGUGCUUUUUAAGCUUGCUUUUAAACGACUUUGCCAUUCGUAAUGCUUUCAUUCAUUGUUUUUCUGCGUGAUGCUUUCUACUUAACCAACCAGCCUUUUUUCUCUCUCAAUGUACAUGCUCACUUCCGAGCGGAAGUUGCCUAGGAUACCUUCCCCAGUUAACACUAGUCGGUGUGUUGCACAUUAACAUGGAAAAAUCCCCUUUAGUCACCUGGGGGCCUGUUGCUGCAACAAACGACUGGCUGAAAAUCAAUGGCCAGCUCAUCAAUGGUUAGAUGUCCCCCAGCUGAAGAAUGAGCCAACCUAACGUCAAUGUUACUGUCUGAAUGUCACCAUGGCAAGCAUUUAUGUAGCCAUUACCUAGCGAGCUCGACACUUGCAUUCCGGCUUUGCUAGAGUACCUCUGGCUAGGAAUGUAUAUGGUACUGGGCAUUCAGCCUAGCAAGGGAGCUAGCGCUGCUGUGCUCUGAUUGUUAGGAAACUUUUUUUCUCUCUCUCUCUCUUUCUUGCGACAUUGGGACGGGCAAGAUAACUUUGUGAGCCAAGUCGGUGUCGGUGAUGUCUGUCCUGACCUUAUUGGCCAGUAAGACUGGAGCCAGGUCACAGAUCACCAAUCAGCGCUGGCAGCUCCACGCACCCAGCCAAUGAAUGAAAAAGAAGGAAACAAUAGGAAAAUACUGGCAUUGUACUUCCUACUUGUGUGUGUAUAACAGACAGUCCCUUGGAACUCCAUUGUCACACCCAGUGGUGACUAAAAGAGGUCUUUACAUUGUAAAGGGACGACGUAUUAGCACACUAUUGAAUCAGUCUCAUAGGUUUAGGGGUUGCAGUGGUAUUUUCUCUCUUUUUUUACAGGCACACUUUUUCAGUUUGUUCUGCACCUUUGAGCAGAGAUAGUGUAUUUGUGUGUGUGUGUGUGUGUGUGUGUGUGUGUGUGUGUGUGUGUGUGUGUGUGUGUGUGUGUGUGUGUGUGUGUGUGUGUGUGUGUGUGUGUGUGUGUGUGUGUGUGUGUGUGUGUGUGUGUGUGUGUGUGUGUGUGUGUGUGUGUGUGUGUCACAGUGGUCAUCCAUAUGAUGGUCAAAAGAAACCGGAAGCUGGGUGCCAAGCUAUGCUGGUACCUCACGCUAGAGCAAAGUUAGGUUAUGCUCUUUCUAGACAUUCCCACAGAAGACAAUUAAUGUGAAACAAAUGUGAGCCUGUUCUGUUGCAAUCCUUUUCACUUUCCUCAGUCACCUGGUAAUGUUUUUUUUUGUUACACAACUUCUUUUUGGUUUGUUUGUGUAUACUUUUGUUCAUACACAAUGUGAAUAGUUCACUAUAACUCAUAGUAUCAUAUCACUCAUUUUUCUUCACUCCUGGCUGGAAAAGAUUACCUGAAGACAAACCUCAUCUUCUUGUAAAUGUUGUAUUUAUCUGUAUAUAAGCCUCACCUUUUGUAUUGAGCUUAUGUGAGUGUUUGAUCCUUUGUACAGCCUGUGCGUGUGUGUGUGCGUGUGUGUUUUAUUGUAGAUGCCUCUCUUAUUCUGGCUGUGUGAAAAUCUGCGUUUUCUUUUUUUCAUGAAAACUUCACCUCUGAUGCCUUAACAGGGGAAGGUGUUUGUGUGAAUGGAAGUCUAUGUCUAUAUGUGUAUACUCCAGAUAUGUCUGUGUUUCAUUUCAGUGUGUCUGUUUGUGCACUUUUUACAGAAAAAAGGACAAAUUCACUGUGAAGCCCUCUUGUGAAAAUGAAACGCAGUAUAACUAUAAGGCACGCCAAAUAAUAAUUUUAAAAAAAAAUUGAAAAUAAAAAAGCCAAAAGGAAAAAAACUAAAAUGUCACUCGAAAUGGAACAGUAAAUUUGUAUUUACACAGGCAUGGUCACUCGAUACUUUUACUCACCUCUAAAGAGAAGCUCUGGGGCUGACUAAACUUUUUAAACCUGUGAUGAUACCAUGUACAAGGACAAGAUAUUUAGAGACAUACCUCAGUCAAAAAAUACAACAUGCGGCACCAACUUUACAGAUGGACCUGUCUUUGUGAGGAUUGUAUGGUUGAUGUAUGUGAAGUAACUUGGAUGGUAAAUGCGUUGAUUAGAUAAAAAUGUACAAAGAAUGCUCAACCCCCCCCCCCCCUUUUCUCUCUCUCUCUAUUGCACAAUGUGAAUGCCGUAUGUUUAAAAGACAUGGAGGGAAAGUGAAAAUAAGAUGUUUAUUGUUAAUGUUUAAUCCAGUUGGAGGUCAGUGGAACUGCUUCAGGUAGUUUUUUUUUUAAAACUGCACAUAGUGAUAUCAAACUCCUUGAUACACACUCUGAUUGGCCAUUAGUACAAGUGUAGACGUGUGUAAUGUAUGUGUGUGUGUGUGUGUGUGUUUUUUAUAUAUAUAUAUAAUAAUUUGUCGGGGCUUGGUAAUUAGGACUUAAAACCAAGAGAUGGCACAGUGCAGCCAAUCAAUCCUUUUUUAUUAGUCGGCUGAAGACAGGAGGGGAGUGCUGAAACCACACAUACUGGACUGCCCCAGCCUCCGUCCUGGCAGAGCUACUUGAUAGAUCAUUCUCCAAGCCAUGAUCACUCCAAGGUGUGUGUGUGUGUGUGUGUGUGUGUUUCUGUUUGGUUAUUCUUUGCCUCUUUGCUAUGGUCCAUCCCGCCCUCCCCUGUCAUCAGCACACGAUACAAACUAUUAGCAACCCCUGCAGCUGCAAUUGUUCAUGGGGGAUAAAAAAAACAAACAAAAAAAAACAAAGCCCUCCUCAAACUGUAUAUUCAGUAUUUUAGUGGUGGAGAUGCUUGUGUGCUUCCUUCACCUUUCCAAGCACUCCAGGCUGACUGCUAAUAAUGAACCAGAAAGCCUACAUUGUUUUUAACCAUAUCAAUAGCACUGGCUGAUUAAUAAUACCAUAGGUUGUGAGGAUCGUCCACAGACUGAUUCAUUUGGAGGUUAUGAGGGUUGCCCCUUGGAUGUUGAGGAAAGAUACGGUUUCCUUUGAUCAACGCAUUCAUCCAACAAUUAUGCAGCUAAACACCAUUAAAGCCUGGCGACGUUUGGUGGCUAAACUGGCAAAGGUCUGGUUAGAGUGAUGCCUCGGCGCUGCCUUACAGUAGUUUCAGGUCAUUAGAGACGCAAAUUCCACACUAAGUGGCUAUCUGUCAUGUCUAUGCAUGUUUGUUUGUUUGUUUGUUUGUUUGUUUUGCGACAUAUGUGAAUGUACUUUUUUUUGCAAAGAUGUUCAUUUCUUUAUGUUGUGUUUUUGUCUUUGUUGUAAGCGUUGUAAAAUAAAAAAAUGAUGACAUCUGCAUUUACAAUUUUACCACUUUACAUUAAAGUUUUGCAAUUUGAGGAAAA